CGUUCCUUCUGAAAGAAAGAACAACGAUGGAUUAUGGACCUAGUAAAUGUGGAGCAAGAAACGAAGUGUCAGGAUCAGCAGUGGCUGAAUACUUAUAUUAAUUGUUUUGCUUCACACACACAGACACACACACACACACACACACACACACACACCACCACCACCACACACCACCACCACCAACAACAACAACGAAGACGCUGACGACGAGAGAAGUAUAGUGAUGGAAGAGUGAAUGCGGCCAACAAAUGUGCAAUUUAUAAGGACGGAGCGAGCACUCUGAAGGACUUAGUAAAAAUGAGGGGUGCGCGACAUGCCUUUAUAUGGUUUUGUGUGGGGAUUGCUGUUCUGGUGGUGGUGCUGUGCCUUACGCUGCCUCCUUUCCCACACAUGAUGAAAGCCUACCGGAUCACACGUACACCGAAAUUCGUAAAGGAGAAUUUCACGUUGACGAUUGAUGGGUCCACGGUGAACCCAAUAGUCGGACAAAUCACUUGGCUGGAGGACCUCUCGUGGAGGGACCCGCCUGUGUGCAAUGAGAGCGCUCCCUUCAUCCUAGCCGUGGUCAUCACAGCUGUGGAGAACUUCGAACGAAGGGAGCGGGUAAGGAGCACCUGGGCCAGCCCGGAAUUCUACCAAUACACUGGCAUCAAAGCAGUGUUCGUGGUGGGAUACCCGAACAGUAAAACGCUGCAGGAGUCCUUGGAUGACGAAAUUGAUAAAUACGAGGACAUAAUACAGGCUGACUUCAUGGACACUUACAGAAACCUUACUUACAAAACUAUCUCGUGGCUAUCGUGGGUCAAGGAUUGGUGUCCCGGCACUCCCUUCAUCGCCAAAAUCGACGAUGAUGUGGUGGUUAAUCCCUUCAACCUCCGCCUGUAUCUGAAUGAGUACCUCCUCAUAAACCCCUCACCCAGACAAAUCCACGGGCGGGCCAGGUUCCGGGCCAAGCCGAUGAGAACAAGCAAGUGGGCAGUGACAAAGGAGGAGUACCCGCUGGAGCAUUACCCGCCCAUCGUACUCGGGUCUGCCUACAUCGUGGACCGCAACACUGUGGACAUCCUGCUGGCCUAUGUCCCCUACGUGCCUAUGCUGUGGCUGGAGGACGUCUUCUUAACGGGGUUAGUGGCGAAGAGGGCAGGAAUCAAACUGAAGCAGGUUGAAAGGAUGCUCUACUCCGGGAGACUCAGCCGAAGACUUUACUCCGGGUCGCAGGUGUUCCUUGUCGACCCCAAAGAGAAUGAAGUGAAACAGGCGUGGGAAGGGAUUGUCAGAUACUCUAAAAAGAGUAUAUCUAAAUUAAAAUAUGGAUAUUACAAUGGUGUAUGACUAAAUUUUCCUGCACACCGUCUUGUCCUCCUUCAUACAAUCAGUGGGCCGAAUUCAGAAACGCUCUGCUCUCUCACCUCGACUAUUUUCCAGGGCCACAGAUAAUCAGUGGUUUUCAAGGAUAUUUUUCGUGUUAACAGUGUAGAAAUGGUAUUGAUCUGUCAUUAAAGCCAUGAAGAAACACUCUAAAAACCGGUGUCACUUCAAUUAGAUCCUUUUGAAAGUAGUGGAGGUGCAAACAGAAGUAUUUCAGAAUAUGGUUCACUGAGUGGCAGUCAGCGGCACUGGUCUGGUCGCCAUGCUUUACGUCAUCUGUAUCAUGCACCACAUUAAACAUCAUCUAUCAUUAAUCUAUUCCUACACCUUGGAGAUAAAUUACUCUGGUGGCAAGGAUGUGGAUUAAUGAAAUUUACCCGACUCUCUUUAUUCCACCGCUUCCCCACUUCCUGACACAGCUGACACGAUUUGGAGUUCGAAUCGCUCAUGCCUUGGCAUUACUAUUUUUUGGGUCUUCGUGCACCUCACAAUCCUCUUCCCCAUGCUGUUGCCUUCUACCUGACACGACUGCCAUCUUUCCUGCCUCAUCUUACUGCUGCUGCCAAUGUACUGGCAAAUGUUAUGUUCUCCAAAGAUUGAAGGGAAACCCGACAUAAUGGGUUGCUGCUUACUUAAGUAAAAAGUAAAUGAAAAGGAGGUUGGUGUGAAGCAACCAGUUGUUAGACCACUAGCUGGUCAGGAUAUAGGCUACCUCAGCAACAGCCAACCCAGAUACCCAGAGGACAAGAAGGCACAACAACAAGACUGGAGUUGUGGGAAUCACGGUUAGUUAUUCGUCAGUGAAUUUCAUAGAAUGGAGAAAGAUGAAUGCUAUAUACUUACAAAAUUAGGAAGUAUCAUAUCGGAUGAAAGACUAAAUGAUUUCCACCCGAGAUCAUAAGUUGAAUAAAUAUAACAGUAACACCAUAAGAGCGACUUCACUGUAGCAUUUCCUUGCACGUGAGUAAACAUGCCCACCUGUCAGGUCAGGUGUCAGCUUCUCGUAGUUCCACUUCAUCUCGCCGAGUGGUGUGUGUGUGUGUGUGUGUGUGUGUGUGUGUGUGUGUGUGUGUGUGUGUGUGUGUGUGUGUGUGUGUGUGUGUGUGUGUGUGUGUGUGUGUGUGUGUGUGUGUGUGUGUGUGUGUGUGAA